CCGCAGGCCACCCGCGGGAUCCCGUGCCGCGGCGCUUGCUUCUUGCUUUCCGGCGGAGAGCUUGGGAUGUGGUAAUGCCAGCCAGGCUUCUCCAAGUCCUGGCCAGACCUCACAGAAUAUUACCUAAAACACAGCAAAGUUGCAGACUGAUCCAGCGGACGUUAAAUCCACCUAAGGGAUUUGAAACUCCGACAUGCAGCACCCUGACUGUAUGUCACAGCUUGGAUCUGUUCCCUCCUGAUGUGGCAGCCGGUGGUUCGAGAAAGUCUCCAGCCCUGGGAAUGAAUGGGAACAUCUCAAGCACAAGCCUGCCAUCUCCACUCAGUGCUGUGCAGUGCUGGAGUGGACCAGUGCCCCUUCCACCCAGGAGGUCACUGGGGACUCACAGGAAAGUGACCCACAAGCCGAACCUCUUGGGUUCUAAAUGGUUUAUAAAAAUAUUAAGCAGGAGUUACUCAUCUGCCUCAGCCGAGACCUUUGUGCCCAAACAAGAUUUUCCGGAAAUCAAGAGACCACUGAAACCCUCCAGGACCAGGCAGCCGUCCAGGACCAAUCUUCCGGUUCUGUCCGUGAAUGAGGAGCUGAUGCACUGCACAGCCUUCGCCACGGCUGACGAGUAUCACCUGGGGAGUCUGUCCCAGGAGCUGACCUCCCACGGAUACGUUGAAGUCACAAACUUACCUCGAGAUGCAGCAAACAUUUUGGUGAUGGCUGUGGGAAAUGCCGCCAAAGAAGGUGAUCCUGCAAUGGUGUUCUUCUUCAGGGAAGGAGCUGCUGUAUUUUGGAAUGUGAAAGACAAAACUAGGAAGCAUGUGAUGCAAGUUCUAGAAAAGCAUGAGAUUGAGCCCUACGAAGUCGCAUUGGUACACUGGGAAAAUGAAGAGCUUAACUAUGAGAAAGUAGAGGGGCAGUCGAAACUUCACAGAGGGGAAAUCAAGUUAAACUCGGAGCUGGAUUUAGACGACGCCGUCCUGGAGAAGUUUGCCUUCUCCAAUGCUCUUUGCCUUUCGGUGAAACUGGCUAUUUGGGAAGCAACACUGGACAAGUUUAUUGAGUCUAUUCAGUCCAUUCCAGAGGCUUUGAAGGCUGGGAAGAAAGUGAAAUUAUCUCACAGAGAAGUUAUGCAGAAAAUCGGUGAACUGUUCGCCCUGAGGCAUCGAAUAAACUUGAGUUCCGACUUCUUGAUCACUCCUGAUUUCUACUGGGACCGGGAAAACCUGGAAGAACUUUAUGACAAAACCUGCCAGUUCCUCAGCAUCGCUCGGAGAGUCAAGGUCAUGAACGAGAAGCUGCAGCACUGCAUGGAGCUGGCAGAUCUGAUGCGGAACCACCUGAACGAGAAGAGAGCCCUGCGCCUUGAGUGGAUGAUCGUGGUCCUCAUCACCAUAGAGGUAAUGUUUGAGCUGGGACGAGUAUUUUUCUGAUCAUGUGGUCACCAGUCAUUUGACAAGAUGCUAAAGUUCUGCAAUCAAAAAUAAACAGUAUUAGGUGGUCUCAUUAAAUAGGUUAUUUUUUAAAAAGCAAAAGUGUACUAAUGGGCCUUUUCAACUUAUUGUUGAAUAAAAAGUAUGAAGAACU